AUGGUGACGAGACAGAAUGGUAGGCCAAGUGGUGUCUCCAUUUCAAAGUAAUUUAUCUUAAACACUAAUUUACACUUUGACAGGGGGAAAUACAUAUAUGGUUAUGUGUUCUGUGAUUUAACAAAGAAGAUAAUUGUUAUCAUUAUAAAAAGUUAAUUUAUGAAUAAUACAUUUUUAUAAUUGUAUCAUAGUAUGACUGAUGAUUAGGGGAUUCAUAAUGUCUGUCAUAAUACUAUUACUUUUACCUGGGAUGGAUAAAAAGAGUAGGUAUAUUAUUGUACACCACAGUAACUCACUUCUAUCAUUUAUUAGAAUGAUACAAUUUGAAAUGAAACGUCUGAAUAGGCAUCUUAUUGCGUACUAUAAUGGGGAAACUGAAUGAACCCUUUACUUUUCUCAAUGUCAAGUAUCUCACCUAAGCAUUUCCCAACUUUAAUCCUCUUAAUAAAAAAUAAGCUGCCAGGUGCUCUUUAGCAUUUUGGGGUUCUGUGUUGAGGCAGCUUGCUCUGGUCUAAACAGUGGGGCAGAAAGAAUCUGAGUUACCUUCAGUAGCAGAGCUGUCGCCACAGUGACAGUGUCAGGCCUCCUACUGAGGCGCCCUCCAACUGACUGGCUCCUAAGGUCAUCUGAGUUAAACUGCCCAGGUGUAUCUGUGUGCUCUGGUGUGCAAUUAAGUGCUAGACAAAAGAGAACCAGCAGACGUCACGUCAUACUCAGGCCCCGGAGGACAGGAGUUGCCCAUCCCUGGCACAAUUACUGUAUAACCGACAGUUAUGGAUGAAGACCGUCAUUCAAAUAAAAUAACCGUCAAAACUGUUUACAUUUAUUUGAUCAUUUUUGGUGUGUGGAACGAACAGCUGGCUGAAGACGGGACGGCCGGGCAUUCAUGCGGUUGAGUCGGUUUCUGCGGUAACAUGGAUUCUUAACAAUGUGAUGGAACUUUGUUGCUCAAACAAGUCUUUGGUUGCCUAGGCAAUGCCCCCCUCCCUGCAGCAGCAGCACAUGCAGUCAGGAGCAGAGGAGAACACUAUUGGAACGGUUAUACGGGUGACCACGGUCAUUUGGCUGACCAAUAACCGUCAUCCAAAAUUCCAUGACAGUCACAGUCAUAAUAAUGAUGUGAAACAACAGUUAGACAUCACAUGAGCAAAAUCCUAUUUCUCUGCUGAAAUAAUCCUAUAAAAAUGUACAUUGUUGUGUGAUUGUUUGCUGUAGUGUGAUUAGACUGUAUGCCUGGAUGCACCCAGAAGGGGUCAUUUCAGUCUGCCUUCCCUGUCCCUGUGUGUGUGUGUGUGUGUGUGUUUGUGUUUGUGUUUGUGUUUGUGUGUGUGUGUGUGUGUGUGUGUGUGUGUGUGUGUGUGUGUGUGGUUCACCCAGUUAUAAAGCUCCUCAUCUGUAGAUGCCACCAGCAGAUGUUUGUUGGAGCUGGCAUGAAAAUGGCCUCCCAGUGGAACACUCCCCGUGUGAGUAGUGCAGAGAGGAAGGUGCCCCACACCCGCAUGGAGGAUGAGGCUGACCUCCAAGUAGGUAGAGACCACAUCCAGGUUUAUCCCCAGCUCCCCCCCACCGCCAUGGGUUACUAGUAACACCCUCUACCCCUCCCUGACCUCUAUAGUGCCUCCAUCUGCACCAGAUUGCUCCUGAUUUCGCCCCCUCUCUCGGGGCAUCGGCUGCUCUCUUUGCCAAAUCUGCAGCAGGCAGUGCUCAGCCUCGCAUGCACAGAGAUAAUGAUCAAGUUAAUUAGACCUGAGAUUGAAUGAACUGCGGCAGCAACUUAAUCAUUUGUAACUUGAUUAGAAAUACUAUAUUCUGCAACUCCAGAGACCGGAAAACUUUCCUUUUUUGAGUGCUUGAAAAUUAAGAUCCACUUUAGGAUUCAGGUCUUGAGAUAAUGUUGCAAUAGAAGCAGGGAAAUAAACCCGAGCUCGUAUACUCAAACAAGCCCAUAAGCUGAGGGUAAAUUUGCUUGUGAAUGGUUUUACUGAGUUGACAGAGCAAAUGUGAGUUGCCUUUCUAUUAAUGGUUCCUCUGUUAUCCCCAUAGCAAAUAUACUCAUUUGGGAGGAAAUUAGGUCAAGGUAGCUUUGGGGUCGUCUGUGAAGCCACCCACAACGAGACAAGGAAGAAAUGGGCUAUUAAGAAGGUGAACAAAGAGAAGGUGAGUGCAUUAGUGUUUCCCAUGGGCAGCUUGUUGACUGCAGUGGUGAAAAGAGACACUCUAAAGGCAGUCUAAUGGCUACUAGAACAGCCUCACACCUCAGUGCACUCACUCAGCUUCUUCCCUAAAUGCAGGCUGGAAGUUCAGGUGUCAAACUGUUGGAACGGGAAGUGAGCAUCCUGAAACGUGUGAACCAUGCACACAUAAUACAUCUAGAGGAAGUCUUUGAAACACAAAAGGUAAGGGAUGCUUUCUUUAGAAGUAAUCAUGUCAGUAUCUCAGUAGUGUGCGUGCAGAUGAUUGUGGAAGCACUAUGAAUGAGAGAGAGGCCGGUCAGAUCUAUUUUGUGGGGGCUAUUAUCAGUCUGUGUGCUGUGCUUUGUGUCCAGAGGAUGUAUCUGGUUACUGAGCUGUGUGAGGGAGGGGAGCUAAAGGAGCUCCUUCAGAAGAACACACGCUUCACAGAGGAGGAGACCAGGCACAUCAUCAGCAGCCUGGCUGAGGCCAUCGUCUACCUGCAUAAGAAGGGUGAAAUGACUGUCUAAAGUUAUAGGUUUCACAUCGUUACAAGGAUCUACAUUUGAACAUUUUACACAGUGAAACUUUAUUUCAAGCAAUAAUGAAGGAAGGGUAAGAGGCAGAAUAUCAGACUAUGCCUUCUUUUACCUUUUAUGAAACAUAACAAACUAAUCAAGGUGCACUGAUUAAAUCAUUCAAACAUUCAUGCAAACAGUACAGACAAUGUGUUGUAUGAGUAAAUUGUGUGCGGAGACAAUGUGCAAAUUGGUGAUAUCACGGUCACAUCGUACUCAAACGAGUCAAAUUGCUUUGGCCUCAUUGACGUGUGAUAAUCAGGGAGAUGAUACCACAUUAUGGCUCCCAGUCAUUAUAGAACCUGGCUUAUUCUAAUAAUGAGAUAAUAAUGAACAACUGCCAGGCAAAAAUGGUAGCCCUUUUAAUUGAGUCUGAGGGGUUUAUUUGAAGAUGCUCUGUUUUUUUCCCCCUCCUGAUGGUGAAAUCUCUAGUUAGAGGUAAUUUAGGACGUUGCUUGGCAAUGAGGCACCAUUACAUGGGGCUAAUGACUCAUUUACAACGAGCUGGGGAGGAAUACAGAUUAAUAGGUGUGUUUUCACACUAAGAGUCCCUCUGCGCUGUCGUGGCGCACUUCUAUGGCGACUAAUGAUACCAGCGGGGAUGUGGUGCUAAAGGUUAGCAGUGACUGUCACAGGUAGUGGCCUUAAAGGGCAAUUCCACCACUUUUCAACCACAUUUUAAUUGUCUCCAGCACAAUCCCAGUGUCUACAUAUGUGAAAACGGCGCAUUACUACGUUUUGUAGAAAAAUAUAUAAACACGCUGUUUUCAGAUAUGUAGACACUGGUUUGGUGCUGGAGAUAAUUAAUAUGAGGUAAAAAAGUGGAGGAAUUGACCUUUAACCAUAUAUAAGCAGCAUGGACAUUCAUUACUUCUUGAACAGUAAAUAUGACAAAUUGUUUAGUAAAGACAUUGAUAUGAUACAUUUAUUUUGCAUAGAACGAUUCAUUUGGUCCCAUGAAAUGUUACUAUGAAUUUUGUGAACCAUUUGUUCAUUGUACUAUUAGUUCUUCACCAUGCCGUUGUUACUAUAUAAAUACAGAGGUUCAUCCACUGUUGUACACCCCAGAGUAUAUUUUAUUUCCAGUCCAUAUCUUCCUGACCUCCAUCUACAUUAACAUUAGAGCAGAGUAAACUAUAUAUUAGAGGUCAGCAUGCUCCACCCCUCUCCCAAAAUCACUUUGCACUUUAAGCCUCCAGGGGAGAGAACUUCUCAAGAACUAAUAUGUGUGCAGAGACACUUUAUUUUCCAUCCCAUCAAGUCAAUCUGGCAGCAGCAUCUAAUCUAACCUUCAGAACUCUCUCAAACGUCUCAGAAUCCUCCGCUCCAUUCUGCACAUCUCCUAUAAUGACCACUGAUACUUUGUGGCUGACCAUUUUUAAAAGGAGGCUGAUAUCUAGAGAUUUGUCAUAGGGAUUGCUUGAAUUUAGCAAGGCGCUCAUAGUUACCCUGAGGAUAAAGUAGCUGUUUUUGUCACAAUCUCUGGGACUUCAGCUGUGGCAGAACCCCUUUCUUUCUCAGUGAAUCAAACUCAUUCCCAGGGGAAUGCUCGAUGACAUCCAUGAUUGAUUAAGGUUGUGGAGAUGUCACCUGUUGAAAACAAGGCAACACUAAACAUGUCGUCCCCCACAAAUGAUGCAGGGAUGUCAUGUGUCCUACUUAUAUCAGUACACUUGUAAAAAACCUAAGCAUUACAAAACUUCUAUUAGAAUCAAAUAAGCCACACAUAGCAAAAAAAACCAUUCCAUUUCUUGUCACUAAAUUUGACACUCUCAUUGACCUCCAUACAAAAACUCAUCACUUUGUGAGACUUUUUUAUUUAUUUUUACGCCACCUGCUGGAGAAGACAGGCCCACUUAUCCCUCUUGCUUCGCCUCUUCCUCUCUGGUGUGACUCACAAAUGUCAGUGAAUUACUAUAGCUCCCGCUUUGGGCCAAUCAGUGUCAUUUUGUAAAUGCCGGAUCUAUAUGGUAAGACACAUCAUUCACCCAAGUUUCGUCAAAAUCCAGUGCUGUCUGAGAUAUCGUACGGACAGAUGGACUGAGACAGAUCCACAGUCCCUUCCCCGAUUUCAUCGUGGGGGGCAAUUACUCAUUGUAGAUUUUGCCUUUAACUGCUUUUAACCAUCAUACUUGUCCUCUCUGCUAAAGACCUAUUGAAAGCCAUUAUGGUUGGUUCUUCUCAUAGUAAAGGUGGUGUUUCUUUUUCCUAUUUCAGACAUAGUGCACCGAGACCUGAAACUGGAGAACAUUCUAGUGAAGAGUUAUCACCAUGGUAUUGAUAAUGACAUGAUCAAUAUCAAGGUGAGACUGUGACACAAACUGGAAAAACUUUCACUGCUGUUUCUCAUCCAGCCAGUCUCUGCAGGGACUUAAGGACAGGCUCCUGGUGUGUUUUUUUCUCCCACUCUCCCCCUAAAUGGUUUUAAACGCUAACUCAUUAUGACAGACCCCCCUUUGGUUCCCCUUUAUAUCACGCCGUACAAAAGGGUGAAUCAAGAGCAUCUUUUAAGACAAAUUACUGCCUGGGCCCAGCAUGUUGUGUGCAUUGACAGAGCGCCAGCUGAAGCAGAUACCUGGAGUGCGGGCUCAAAUAAGGCAGGGCGGCAGCAUAAAUCUCUCUCACACACACACACACACACACACACACACACACACACUGCUGAAAGACAGCGUUGUUCUGGCAACUAUAAAAGGCUUUUAUCUGUCAGGAGGAGGUCAUCUCUCCUGGAUAUUUUCUCCUGUUGUAUUUCUCCUGCCUACCAUUAUUUUCUACAUGAGACCAUACAGCAUGUACAGCUCAUAUUUGUUAUUCAUCUAACAUAGAGAGGCCCAAUGUGUGGACUCAAGCUCUUCAAGUAAACCUUGUUUUGUCUGAUAAAUAACGCCAAGAAGAAAGGAUUUGAUAUGAGAUGGAUACAUGCUGUACGCCUACAUGUGUAUCAGUGUCUGCUGUCUGUCUCUCUCCUCCCAGGUGACAGACUUUGGGUUGUCAGUGAAGAAAGGGGGUGUUGGUAGUGAGAACAUGCUGAAGCCACCUGUGGGACUCCUAUCUACAUGGGUAAGACUGACACAUUCAGUUCCUACACACAAAGACCACAUCAUGUUAGAGUAGAGUAGUCCUAUUAAAACCAGUCCGUGCUAGUGACUGGUGUGUCCUCCUCUCUGUUUCAGCUCCUGAGGUGAUCAAUGCUCAUGAGUACAGUCAGCAGUGUGAUGUGUGGUAUUGGGGUCAUCAUGUACAUGCUGUAAGCAAGAGCCCCUCCCUGUUAUCGCUGCCUGUCUGUCCUGUCUGUCUGUCUGUCUGUCUGUCUGUCUCUCACUGUAGCAGCUGUUCCUAUACUGUAUGUACAGUUAGCCCAGUGACAGAUCAAGUAGUAGUAUAGUUUUAGAGGCCUGUGUGACUGACAGGACUGCCUCCCUGUAGGCUGUGUGGGGAACCUCCAUUCAUCGCCAGCUCUGAGGAAAGACUCUUUGAGAUGAUCAAGAAGGGAGAGCUCAACUUUGACGGACCCGUCUGGGACACUAUCAGUGAUGCAGGUGACAUACAGUAGUACUGCUUUUCAACCUCUCUGACUUCUAUUUGUAACAUGUCUGGUGAUAUGGAACUUUAAGGACACAUGGUACAUGACCACAUCCAGGUUGAGCUGAUGGGUUAUUAUUGCAUGACUUAACAUAGGGUACUGACUGUCCCAUUUUUAUCUCACCAGCUAAAAAAGUGUUGAGUUACCUCCUGAAAGUUGAUCCCGCCCAUCGCAUCACAGCCAAUGAGCUGCUGGAUAACCCCUGGAUCACGGUAAGGAGCUGAUCCACCCAGCUACAUUUCACAUUAACAAUGAGUACAGGAAGGACUCUCUGGUACUGCUGCAUGAUGGGAUUGGGAAUUGUUAUCUCACAGCCUGGUUUAUGGGGCUGAUUGCAGUGUGAUGAUAUUAACCCUUUAGAGGGGGUCUAACAUUAGGUAGUGGUUCUGUGUCUUACAGGGUGACACCAACACUCCGGCUACGCCCAAAAACGUGCUGGAGAUGAUGCGUCUGUUCCGGGAUGACCCGGAGGAGGCGGAGAGUGAGGAGGAGAGCGAGUUGGUCGGUGACGUGCUGAACGAGCUCUCUCUCAGCUGCUCCCAGGACAGCCUGACUCUGGAGCCCAGGGCAACGCUGGAGGACAGGGCAGGACCAGAGCUUAGAGUAACAUUGGAACCUAGGGCUAGGCCUGAGAACAGGGCAGGGAUUGAGGAUGGGGCCAGGCUGGAGGACCAGGUAAGGCCGGAGCCCAGGGUGGCCUCAGCACGCAGUAACUGCAGGAACAUCUCUGAGCUCAGCUUUGAGGGUGACACAGACAGUAGCAGCAGCAAACCCACCACCCCCACCAAACAGGUACUGUAGUACACACAGUUACCACACAUACUAUACACACAACUCAGUCACGCCAUUAGACUCAUCAUGACCUGCCACUUCAUAGCUGUUAGGUUCAAAAUAACCUCUUUCAUGAAGCACACCAAUACUCAAGCUCCGGUUUAAAAUUAGCCUUCUUGGCAAGUGAGCUGUUUCAGUUACACACUGGUAUACGAGCUUCCGUUUCCCUUCCACUUCCACCUCAAUUAGCUUAUGUGGUAAUGAUCUUGUUCUUGACUAAAAACUACCUCUCUGUUGCGUACCUAUACUUAAAGCAGGGAGUUAUCACCCAGCGGUUCAAGCUCUCUACAUUAAUAGGGUUAUUCAAUCCAAGUACACGUCUCUCAUGCCCCCCCCGUAUAUCUCUGUAAUCCCACUAUAGAGACAGAAGAAGAAGAAGAAGGUUGCUGCCUCAUCGUCCAAUGGACUGAAAACCAACGGCUCUGCUGUGAAGGUCUGCAACUCACUCAGUCCCCCCACUUCACAGGUCAGUCGUUUAGGAGUCUGUCUGCAAAGUCCUGUUCUCACAACACUAGGAAUUAGGCAACCAUUAGAUAUUUGUUUUUUGACAUUAGCUUAGAUUUGUAUUUUUAUAUAUUGAUGCAAAAAAAAAUCAUUACAACUUUUCAUAGUGCAAAAAUGCUUAGAAUGUGUCACACGGGCCAUUGAUUCAUGUAUUUUACAUUAAGUCAAGCUAAAUCUCUAUUUGCCUUCACAAAACAGCCUGGAAUUUAUAAGAUCUGAUUCAAAAUGUGUUGAUUUGUUAAAGAAAAUGCUUUUAGUUUUUAGGCCCCCACAAGUGGGUAAUUUCGACGUAAUUCCUGUUCUAUAGCGGAAAUGGUCAUUUACAGUUGAAUUCGGAAGUUUACAUACACCUUAGCCAAAUACAUUUAAACUCAGUUUUUCACAAUUCCUGACAUUUAAUCCUAGUAAAUAUUCCCUGUCUUAGGUCAGUUAGGAUCACCACUUUAUUUUAAGAAUGUGAAAUGUCAGAAUACUAGUAGUGAGAAUGAUUUAUUUCAGCUUUCACAUUCCCAGUGGGUCAGAAGUUUACAUACACUCAAUUAGUAUUUGGUAACAUUGCCUUUAAAUUGUUUAACUUGGGUCAAACGUUUUGGGUAGCCUUCCACAAGCUUCCCACAAUAAGUUGGGUGAAUUUUGGCCAUUCUUCCUGACAGAGCUGGUGUAACUGAGUCAGGUUUGUAGGCCUCCUUGCUCGCACACGCUUUUUCAGUUCUGCCCACACAUAUUCUAUAGGAUUGAGGUCAGGGCUUUGUGAUGGCCACUCCAAUACCUUGACUUUGUUGUCCUUAAGCCAUUUUGCCACAACUUUGGAAGUAUGCUUGGGGUCAUUGUCCAUUUGGAAGACCCAUUUGCGACCAAGCUUUAACUUCCUGACUGAUGUCUUGAGAUGUUGCUUCAAUAUAUCCACAUAAUUUUUUUUCCUCAUGAUGCCAUCUAUUUUGUAAAGUGCACCAGUCCCUCCUGCAGCAAAGCACCCCCACAGCAUGAUGCUGCCACCCCUGUGCUUCACGGUUGGGAUGGUGUUCUUCGGCAUGCAAGCAACCCCCUUUUUCUUCCAAACAUAACGAUGGUCAUUAUGGCCAAACAGUUCUAUUUUUGUUUCAUCAGACCAGUGGACAUUUCUCCAAAAAGUACAAUCUUUGUCCCCAUGUGCAGUUGCAAACCGUAGUCUGGCUUUUUUAUGGCUGUUUUGGAGCAGUGGCUUCUUCCUUGCUGAGGGUCAUUCAGGUUAUGUCGACAUAGGACUCAUUUUACUGUGGAUAUAGAUACUUUUGUACCUGUUUCCUCCAGCAUCUUCACAAGGUCCUUUGCUGUUGUUCUGGGAUUGAUUUGCACUUUUCGCACCAAAGUAUGUUCAUCUCUAGGAGACAGAACGUGUCUCCUUCCUGAGCGGUAUGACGGCUGCGUGGUCCCAUGGUGUUUAUAUUUGCGUACUAUUGUUUGUACAGAUGAACGUAGUACCUUCAGGCGUUUGGAAAUUGCUCCCAAGGAUGAACCAGGCUUGUGGAGGUCUACCAUUUUUUUUCUGAGGUCUUGGCUGAUUUCUUUUGAUUUUCCCAUGAUGUCAAGCAAAGAGGCACUGAGUUUGAAGGUAGACCUUGAAAUACAUCCACAAGUACACCUCCAAUUGACUCAAAUGAUGUCAAUUAGCCUAUCAGAAGCUUCAAACGCCAUUACAUCAUUUUCUGGAAUUUUCCAAGCUGUUUAAAGGCACAGUCAACUUAGUGUAUGUAAACUUCUGACCCACUGGAAUUGUGAUACAUUUAAUUAUAAGUGAAAUAAUAUGUCUGUAAACAAUUGUUGGAAAAAUUACUUGUGUCAUUCACAAAGUAGAUGUCCUAACCGACUUGCCAAAACUAUAGUUUGUUAACAAGACAUUUGUGGAGUGGUUGAAAAACGAGUUUUAAUGACUCCAACCUAAGUGUAUGUAAACUUCCGACUUCAACUGUAGGGUUCCACCUCCGAAGAAUAACACAUGCUGCUAAUACAUAUUCAUGAAUUGGGGGUGGGAACAUUGUGGUGAUUUCCACUUGGAGUGGAGAAAAACAACAAGCAGGGUGCUGAUGGCUGUCAGUGUAGCUAGCUAGCAUGCUAACGUUAUUUAGCUAGCUAAUGUUAUCUGUUGUUGCUACACCAUAUUCAAAAGUUUAGCCAGCUAGGCUAUGGCUGGUUCUGGAGCUGGAUUUGUCAUAAGCAUGUAGGGAGGGCAGGGAUGGGCAACUGAGGGUGGGGCCACAAAACAUUUGAACUCCUCAUGAGGGGCCGCAGUUGCUCGCGGGUCUGCGUACUCACAUCCAUAAAGCAAGUUUCCUUCAAUUCUGCACAUUUUGCCAUGGGGGCGGAGAGAAGAUUUUGCUAUUUUAUAACACAUUUCCUGCAAUUGUACACGUUUUGCCGUAGGGUGGAGAGAAAUGUUUACAGUUUUUAAUAUAUCUGAGUGAGACCGCUGGCCGCUAAGCUAACUUAGCAAUCACAUUUUUUUUUGGUGACAUGGGCUAAUUGACUGACUAUCACUAGCUAGGUUUCCAUCCAAUUGGAGACAGAUUUGCAUGUGAAUAUUCUAGAAUCCGCAUAAAGAAAAUAUGCACAUUUUACCACCGGUGGUAGGUUUCCACCAAAUAGACUUGUUUCGGAUAAAGAUCAGUGCGUGAUGACAUAUAGUCAAAAGUUUGGACACACCUAGAAAUUCAAGGGUUUUUCUUUAUUUUUACUAUGUUCUACAUUAUAGAAUAAUAGUGAAGACAUCAAAACUAUGAAAUAACACAUAUGGAAUCAUGUAGUAUCCAAAAAAGUGUUAAACAAAUCAAAAUAUAUUUUUUAUUUUAGAUUCUUCAAAGUAGCCACCUUUGCCUUGAUGACAGCUUUGCACACACUUGGCAUUCUCUCAACCAGCUUCAUGAGGUAGUCACCUGGAAUGCAUUUCAAUUAACAGGUGUGCCUUGUUAAAAGUUAAUUUGUGGAAUUUCUUUCCUUCUUAAUGCGUUUGAGCCAAUCAGUUGUGUUGUGACAAGGUAGGUGUGGUAUACAGAAGAUAGCCCUAUUUGGUAAAAGACUAAGUCCAUAUUAUGGCAAGAACAGCUCAAAUAAGCAAAGAGAAGCAACAGUCCAUCAUUACUUUAAGACAUGAAGGUCAAUCAAUCCAGAAAAUUUCAAGAACUUUGAAAGUUUCUUCAAGUGCAGUCACAAAAACCAUCAAACGCUAAGAUGAAACUGGCACUCAUGAGGACCACCACAGGAAAGGAAGACCCAGAGUUACCUCUGCUGCAGAGGAUAAGUUCAUUAGAGUUAACUGCACCUCAGAUUGCAGCCCAAAUAAAUGCUUCACAGAGUUCAAGUAACAGAUUGAUCUAAACAUCAACUGUUCAGAGGAGACUGUGUGAAUCAGGCAUUCAUGGUCGAAUUGCUGCAAAGAAACCACUGCUAAAGGACACCAAUAAGAAGAAGAGACUUUGUUGUACCAAGAAACACGAGCAAUGGACAUUAGACCGGUGGAAAUCUGUCCUUUGGUCUGAUGAGUCCAAAUUUGAGAUUUUUUGUUCCAACUGCCGUGUCUUUAUGAGACACAGAGUAGGUGAACGGAUGAUCUCUGCAUGUGUGGUUCCCACCGUGGAGCAUGGAGGAGGAGGUGUGAUGGUGUGGGGUGCUUUGCUGGUGACACUCUCUGUGAUUUAUUUAGAAUUCAAGUUACACUUAACCAACAUGGCUACCACAGCAUUUUGCAGCAAAACACCAUCCCAUCUGGUUUGCGCUUAGUGGGACUAUCAUUUGUUUUUCAACAGGGCAAUGACCCAAAACACACCUCCAGGCAGUGUAAGGGCUAUUUGACCAAGAAGGAGAGUGAUGGAGUGCUGCAUCAGAUGACCUGGCCUCCACAAUCACCCGACCUCAACCCAAUUGAGAUGGUUUGGGAUGAGUCGGACCGCAGAGUGAAGGAAAAGCAGCCAACAAGUGCUCAGCAUAUGUGGUAACUCCUUCAUGACUUUUGGAAAAGCAUUCCUCAUGAAGCUGGUUGAGAGAAUGCCAAGAGUAUGCAAAGCAGUCAUCAUGGCAAAGGGUGGCUAUUUGAAGAAUCUAAAAUAUAAAAUAUAUUUUGAUUUGUUUAACACUUUUUUGGUUACUACAUGAUUCCAUAUGUGUUAUUUCAUAGUUUUGAUGUCUUCACUAUUAUUCUACAUAAUGUCUAGUCUACAUGAUGAGAUUAUUAUGGAUACGAGCGAUAAUAUUUGUCAAAUGGCAAUCAAGCAUUGAUCAUCAUGUCACCAGAAUGAGACCCUCGAUAUUUAUUGGAAAGCAGCAUCAAGUUCAUCACCGUGCACUUUCACCAACCUGUAAAGUUCAUCAUCAUUUAUUUCAUCUGUAGCCUAAUAAACUUCAUGGUUUCCCGAGACAUAGUGGUAGGACCACACACCAUAUCAUCGCGUGACUCCAAAUUCCUUCCAUAUGAUAGUUAUAUAUUUCCAACGCAUUUCUCGCAAAAUCAAUUUUACAAACACAAAUAGAUCCCACCAUGUCGAACAAACAAAUGAUCUGUCGGCAUUUAUAAAAUUACACAGAAACUUCCUGUAUCUAUCACAGCUGUCGUGAUUUAAAAAAAAUAUACGAUAUGACUUAACUCGCAUAAAAACUGUGGAUGGAAACGUGGUUACUGACUGCCAUAACAAGAGAAACUGCUGAUGCACAACCACAUUUCCAAAUGGUACCUUGUGUAUUCUACUAAUCCGAGGGCCUUCAAACUGCGGGCCGCCAGUUGACCAUCCCUGAUGUAGGGAAAACUUCGCCACAGAUGGAUAGGAUAAACAAGUUACUUUGACUUUGCCAUCUAUUGUUAUCUCCAAAGUUUUGGCAUCAUCCAUAAAUAUCGGCCGCCAUAGAAAUAGAUGGAAUAAGACGAAGGUCUGGUAAUAUGGAUAGUCUAACUAUUGAACGGUUUGGACUAGACUCAUGCCAUGGUUCUCACAGCUAGGGGAAGUGAAAUGGCUACAAUUACUUUGCUCAUUAUGUACACCGCAAAUGAUAUGUAACAACAGCCUGAGCGCAUCGGACACGAAACACCAAUACUUGAUGUAACAGAAGCACAAAAUAGAUAAACAAGUUUGUGGAAUGUUCUUUCGCGGUGCCUUUUCAUUAUAGGAUAGACACUUGUACAUUUGUAUAAAAUCUUCUUCUUUUUUUAUACAGACUAGCUAAAAAAAUAAGUGAAAUUUGGCUAAUUAUCCAAUAGAUUAUGAUAAUUUGCUGGUAAAAAAGUGGAGGUACAAAAACAUGUUUGUACCCCCUAUUUGUAUUUACUCCAUGGCUCAGGCAGCCUAGUGUGGGCUAUGGCGAAAAGCUGUAGCCUGAGACUGAAGAGGGAAGCGAGGUAUCCCACUCGCUGUUUUUUUUCUGGUUCAAUGAAAGUCAAUGAACUAAGUAUACCAGACCCAGUUGCUAUUGUAUUGGUGUCUAUUGGAGACCCACCCUGUUAAGUAGACCAGAACUGACCAUUUCCCCCCCCCCCCAAUGGUAACCGGCCUGAGUGAACUAUCUUCAUUUAUCCACCAUCUUUGCUGUAGCUAACCAUGAUCUAUUAUAUUUCUCAGCUCAGUCGCAACUCGUGAACUUUGCAGGUGUUUAUGAUUAAUAAACAAUGCCUUACGGGUGGGUGGUACCAUUAAAAUAAAACCCAGCCCUGAAACGAAACGUACGCUAAAAAUAAUGUGCAUGUCAUUUCAUAGGAAAAGAUACGUCAUUGGCACGAAUUUGCAUGAAGUGGGCAGUUUGGGUUUGUCACUUCAAGCCCAAAUAUAUCAUACUUUGACUAAAACAAUGAAUUAUUUACUUAAAUCGUUGUGCAACAUCAUGAGUAAGCUCUGGCAAUUGUCUUUCAGCUUGAAAAAAUGGAUUUCUACUAGUGUGGGCGUUUAAUGCUUUUUGGCCAUCAUAUUGGUGCUCUUGAUAUUCAGUCACCACUAGAUGGUGCCAGAUUUACCUAUGAGGUGGGCCGAACUAGUGACAGAGCCCAGUAGAUGUUGUUCUGUAGAGGUGAACCUGUUGUGUUGGCCUUGUGUGAGAUGAAUAUGAGUAUCUUAUCUUUGCAGUCCCAUACAGGUGGCAUACUCUCCAGGCAGUCGAGUGCAAAUCGUCUCAGCCCACAGGACAAGAGCGAGACCCGCCCAACCUCAUCCCCAGUUGGGCCAGCUCCCAAACCAGCGGCCGGUCCAGGGAAGGCAGAGGCCCACAAACCCCCCCGCACCCCCUCUGGCUCUAGGCCUGGGAGCCGCUCCCCACGACCACCUCUCUGUAGCAGGCCUAAGAAGAGCUCCUAAGUACC